GAUGCGCCGCCAUUUUUGCGCUCCCUCUGCCGUGCAGUGACAAUAACAACCCGGCCGGGCCGUCCCCCCUCAGGGAGCGCGGGCACAGGCGGAGAGGGGGGAGCGGGGCCCGAGCGGAGCGGCCGCGGGGCGGAGCGGAGCGGGAGCCGUGUGGGGCGAGCGGCUGUAGCCGAGGCGAGAGAGAGCCGCGCUCAGCCCUCCUCGCUGCUGCUCGGCGAAGACGAGGCGGCCGGAGCAGGAGGGGAGCGCAAGGAGAAGCCGGGGCAGCGGGCGGCUUUCCGUGGGGAAUUCUGCGGCUGGAAAGGAGAAUUGAAAGGAACUGGUGGGCGGCGAGAGGCAGGAACGGAAACGCUCCGCUGGGAAAGGAGUAAAAGCAGAAAGGCAGCGACAAACUACGAGAAGAACCAAAGUAAUAAAGGAAAGGGGAAGAGGAGAUAAAGUGAUUGCUCCGAUAAAGAAGAACGCGGAGGAGAAGGAAUACGGAAGGACUCUGCUGAUGAGAAGGAGGAGUUGAAAGACCCCCCCCAAAGACAGCAAACAGAGACUGACUCUCAAACUCUCCCCCUCUCUUUGUCACACCACAAGGAUUUGAUGCCCCUCAGCCUGUUCACUUCUGUGUGUUCAUGUUUCCCACAGGUUUCUCUUCCCCCAACCCCCCAGCUGCAGCCCAGGAGGUCAGACCUGCCACUGAUGGUAACACUAGCAGCAGCUCCUCCUGCAAGAAGAGAAAGUUAAAUAACAGCAGCAACAGUAAUUCCGAAAAAGAAGAAUUUGAUUCCAUUUCCUCCUGCACCUCUUCUCCUUCCAAAAACACCUCCUCAUCAUCUUCCUCUGUCAUCACCACUUCCUCGUGCUCCUCCUCAGGGGUUGCUUCCUCCAACCAUCACCUCCAGAAGAAGCUGCGCUUUGAGGACUCCGUGGAUUUUAUUGGACUCGAUGUGAAGAUGGCUGAAGAGUCUUCUUCCUCCUCCUCUCCUGCUGCUUCUUCUCAGCAGCAGCACCAGCAACAGCUUAAAAAUAAAAGCCUUUUAAUUUCGUCAGUGGCUGUGGGGCACCAUGCAAAUGGCCUGACCAAAGCUGCCUCCUCUACUGUUUCCAGUUUCGCCAACAGUAAACCUGGCUCUGCCAAGAAAUUAGUGAUCAAGAACUUUAAAGAUAAACCCAAAUUGCCUGAAAACUACACAGAUGAAACCUGGCAAAAACUGAAAGAAGCUGUAGAAGCUAUCCAGAACAGUACUUCAAUUAAGUACAAUUUAGAAGAGCUCUAUCAGGCUGUUGAAAAUCUCUGCUCCUACAAGAUCUCUGCAAAUUUGUACAAACAAUUGAGGCAGAUCUGUGAAGACCACAUUAAAGCACAAAUUCACCAAUUCAGAGAGGAUUCAUUGGAUAGUGUCCUUUUUCUAAAGAAAAUAGACAAAUGCUGGCAAGAUCACUGCAGACAAAUGAUUAUGAUCAGAAGUAUCUUUCUGUUCUUGGAUCGAACUUAUGUCCUGCAGAAUUCAAUGCUGCCAUCUAUUUGGGAUAUGGGACUAGAAUUGUUCAGAACUCAUAUAAUCAGUGAUCAGAAGGUUCAGAACAAAACUAUUGAUGGCAUUCUGCUGCUGAUUGAGAGGGAAAGAAAUGGUGAGGCCAUUGACAGGAGUUUACUGCGAAGCCUUCUGAGCAUGCUUUCUGACCUGCAGAUUUAUCAGGACUCUUUCGAGCACAGAUUCUUGGAAGAGACCAAUCGCCUGUAUGCAGCAGAGGGCCAGAGGCUGAUGCAGGAGCGAGAGGUUCCAGAAUAUCUUCACCAUGUCAACAAGCGCUUGGAAGAAGAAGCAGACAGAAUAAUCACUUACUUAGAUCAGAGCACACAGAAGCCACUAAUUGCUACUGUAGAAAAGCAACUUCUAGGUGAACAUUUAACAGCCAUUCUUCAGAAAGGUCUAAAUCACCUUCUUGAUGAAAACAGAAUUCAAGACCUUUCUCUUCUGUACCAGUUAUUCAGUCGUGUGAGAGGUGGAGUCCAGGUUCUCUUGCAGCACUGGAUUGAAUACAUCAAGGCAUUUGGUAGCACCAUAGUAAUUAAUCCUGAAAAAGACAAAACCAUGGUCCAAGAACUUCUUGAUUUUAAAGACAAAGUUGACCAUAUUAUUGAUGUUUGCUUUCUCAAGAAUGAGAAGUUUGUAAAUGCCAUGAAAGAAGCCUUUGAAACAUUCAUUAACAAAAGACCAAAUAAGCCAGCUGAACUCAUAGCUAAAUAUGUAGAUUCAAAGCUUCGUGCAGGCAACAAAGAAGCUACUGAUGAAGAACUUGAAAAAAUGCUGGAUAAAAUUAUGAUCAUAUUUAGAUUCAUAUAUGGAAAAGAUGUCUUUGAGGCCUUUUAUAAAAAAGAUCUAGCAAAGAGACUAUUAGUUGGGAAGAGUGCAUCAGUAGAUGCUGAAAAAUCUAUGCUUUCUAAACUCAAACAUGAAUGUGGAGCUGCUUUCACCAGCAAACUUGAAGGAAUGUUUAAAGAUAUGGAGCUUUCAAAAGACAUAAUGAUACAAUUCAAACAGUAUAUGCAAAAUCAGAAUGUCCCUGGCAACAUUGAACUAACAGUGAAUAUUCUGACUAUGGGAUACUGGCCAACCUAUGUGCCUAUGGAGGUCCACCUGCCCCCAGAGAUGGUAAAACUGCAGGAGAUUUUCAAGACCUUUUAUUUAGGAAAACACAGUGGUAGGAAACUCCAGUGGCAGUCAACACUAGGACACUGUGUGCUAAAAGCAGAAUUUAAAGAGGGCAAAAAAGAACUUCAGGUCUCCCUGUUCCAGACACUGGUGCUGCUCAUGUUUAAUGAAGGAGAGGAGUUCAGUUUAGAGGAGAUAAAGCAAGCCACUGGGAUAGAGGAUGGAGAGCUGAGAAGGACACUUCAAUCUCUGGCUUGUGGCAAAGCCAGAGUACUGACUAAAAGCCCCAAAGGCAAAGAUGUGGAAGAUGGUGAUAAAUUCACAUGUAAUGAUGAUUUCAGACAUAAGCUCUUCAGGAUAAAAAUCAACCAAAUUCAGAUGAAAGAAACGGUGGAGGAGCAGGCAAGCACUACAGAGAGGGUGUUCCAGGACCGGCAGUACCAGAUCGACGCCGCCAUUGUGCGGAUCAUGAAGAUGCGCAAGACGCUGAGUCACAACCUGCUCGUGUCAGAGGUCUACAACCAGCUGAAAUUCCCAGUCAAGCCUGCUGACCUUAAGAAGAGAAUAGAAUCCUUGAUUGACAGGGACUACAUGGAAAGAGAUAAAGAAAACCCGAAUCAGUACAACUAUAUUGCAUAAACAUAUGUUGGCCUUUGUUUUACUGCACACUUGGUGUCCUACACAGUUGCCAGUGGAUAAAGUAGCCUCUUGAUCCCGUUAAUUGACUUUUUAUACUACCGAUGAUUGAAUGAAAGCAGUGUAAUGGAAAAGUAUAGUAGAGUGGACUUCUUUCAGUGGUUAACAUGCCCAUUUAAAGAGUAAUAUUUACAUUUUAAGAAGAAUGCUGUUGAACUCUUUGCAUGUUAUUUAGUAAGAUGUGCAGAAAGCUGAAAGAAAGUACCUGGUCUUUCUGAUUCCAUUUGUCUCUGGGUCUGAAGGGGAGUCCCUUGAUAUAUGACAGAUAUCUUUCACAUCUUUAAAUGGAAACAGAAGGUUCAUUAAUGUAAGAAAAUAGCCUUUAAAAUGCUUAAACUGCAUGCAAACUUUUAAUUUACUGUACAGAAUGCAUUUCAGUUAUACAUACCAUUGGUUUGGUUGAUGCCCACACUUGGAUUUGUUUCUCUUGAGGGGGGAAAAUGAGGAAUAAGCCAAGCUAUGCUUAUUGCUGAUCUAAAGGGAAAUAUUCUUGGUUGCAAUUAAGACAAAAUGGUGCCAUUAUAAAAGGAGUGUAAAGUUUGCAGUGUGGGCAUAUGUACUGUAUAUACAAACACCAUUCUUAAAUAACUGCUACAACAAAACAAGUUCAGAUUAGAUUUAUAUGGCUUGCCUAUGAGACUUGGUGUUCACCUUUGGGAAUUUUAAGCAUAAAACAGCCAUAAUGGAAGAAGUGACAGUUUUUACUAGUCAUGGGUAGGAGGCCUUCACCUCUUGGCAGCAAUACUCUAGAAUAAAGAUGACAAGCCACACUGUUAUUGUGGUAAAGCUGUAAGAACAAAAACUGCAAGUGGAUUUUAAUACUUGUUUUGCUUUGCAACAUUCUAAACUUGAACUAACCUCAAGGUUUAGACAGGGCAGCUCUUCUAAGACUGCCCUGCUUUGGAUUGCUUUAACUUAAAGCUUUAAGAACUCAGCCCUAGAGCCUAGCAGGCCUCCUAGAACCCAGAAGCCUACCUCUCAUAUAGUAAGUUAAGUAUUGCUACAAGGCAUCUAAAAUAUAUUUUCUUAGAUGGCCAGAGAGCAUUCUUUGCAUCUUUAUAAGACAUGGGAGAGUAAGUCACUUGAAUGUAGAGCUUUGUUUCAACAAAAUACAUUUUUUUAUUGCUUAUAGCAGCAUGUACCAGGAAUAUAUGGGAAAAAAAAAGGUGUCAGCAGAAAAGGAACUCCUCCACGUAUCCCAGUUCUUCCUUACCCAGCCAGGCUUUGUACCUAUGAUCAGCUGCAUUGCAGAGCACAAUGAAAAACCUCAUCCUCUUUCAGGCACUGAUAGUCCUGGGGAAUACCAGAUAUCUCUUGGAAGCAAGAUGUUACUUUUGUUUAGUGGCAGUGUAACUUAGCUCUCUCUAACUCUAACUUCUAUCACUGUGAUCCCACAUUCAGGGGUGUGCAUGUGAGAGUGUGUGUGUGUUUUCUAUCUGACACAUCCCAUCCUUAGUGCUUUUUUUUUUAUCUGCUGUUUAAUUCCAUAUAUUCUCCAGCCAUGUUUUCUCUCAGGCUCUUUUGUAUGCAGUCCUCAGCUGACAGAUUAAACAAAUGUGGGUGGUUUUUCCCCUACUAAAUUAUUUGCAGUCACCCUCAACUAACCAUCAUACAGCUCUUUGUGAUCUGCAGAAAAUCUGCCUUGCCCCUUGACACUAUUGCAGCAUAACCACUGGUAGACAUCCAGGGCCACCCCUGCCUCUGUGAGACAAAUACUGACAGUAGAGUUAUGUGGGAAGAACCUUGGAGACUCCUCCUGCAAAUCUUCAAGUGUUAGCUCAAAUAGAGAUCCACUGGGGAGGAAAGAAUGCCUCCCACCAUAAAAAAAACUUGUGUUUCGCAUUCAAUGUUCCUUUUCUUGUAUGUGUUUUGUAUCUUCAGCCAAUAAAAGAUUCCUUUUAAAGAGAAAUGGAGAAGAAGCAUAAGAUUUAACUCUUUGGGAGACAGGAGCUGAUGCAUUGAGCUGGUUCCAUUCAGUCUGUUGUAGCAUAUCAAUCUAACACCACUACACGUGUGAACACCCACUGUGGCAAAACCCUCCCUCAUUACACAAGUGUCACAUUCACU